CCCAGCCGAAUUUGCCUCUCAGACGGGAGCUGUCUUACAUCCCUCACACUCUCAUGGCCAUCCUUGCGCCUCCGGGCGGCCUCUUUGCCACGCUCGGCGACGCGGUUCUUGUCGAGGACUUCGAUGAAGAGAUUAUGGACCUCUACAUCGGCAUUGGCGAGCAUUCGGGCGGCCUGGGCUACCUCGAUGGUCGCGCGCCCGAGCUAUCGCUAACCCUCGAGCUCGUCCCCGCAGCUACAGAAGCAGCGUCUGACGAGCAUGCUGGGAAGCGGCGCAUGAGGCGGAAGGAGAAGGCCAAGGCGGUCGAAGGCGUUUCCAUCGACAUCGUCGUGACACAAGACCCAGGAGCACUGCGGAGCCGCAGCGGCGAGACUGGCAGUGUGCUCUGGCGAAGUAGCCUCCACCUCGCCCGACAUAUUCUUACGCAGGCCAUCUUUCCUCCGGUCGCCCCGCUUUUAUCCAUGCAGGCGCUCGCAUCGGCUAAAGUUCUCGAGCUAGGGGCCGGCACUGGCGUUCUUGCGUCUCUCAUCGCUCCAUUGACAGCGGAGUAUACGGCCACUGACCGGCGGGAGAAUCUGAAGCUGGUGCAACGGAACGUGGCUAACAAUGCCUCUGCGACCGUCAAGAUUGCGUCCAAGAUAUUGGACGGGAACCGAUCGCCAGCGACUACAGAGGAGCUUGACUGGGAGCAAGUCUCGGCAGCACGUGCUCGAGCGCAGGUCAAAGGGGAGACGUACGCGUUGCCUGCUGGUUCGCCUGGCGCAGACGCCGAUCUGGUGCUCGGGGUCGACUGCAUCUACAACGAGCACCUGGUGCAGCCGCUCGUCGACACACUUGCAGCUGCUUGCUCACGAGGAGCCGUAGCCUGGGUGGUUGUGGAAAAGCGGUCACCUGAAGUGGUGAGUCGGACCGAGGUGAUACAGAUUUGAGUACCCAAACAUCCGGGCCAGGGGAUGAUAUGCUGUGACGCCUGGGGUCGA